CUCCCGCCGAAGAACUGCCUCCUCAGGGCGCAGCGGCUUUGCCACCAGAGCCGGACGACGCAGCGUCAGAGGCGGCAUCGGGCUCCGAGGAGCGCGGCGACGAGAUUGGUUCCGAGCUCGGCGUCAAACAGGAUGAGCUUGAGAGUGCCAAGCGUGAGCUUGAGGAGGAAGAGGCUCCACCGCAGGGCGCGGUAGCCAAGGUUGAGAAUGAGGAGCGCUCGCCCGAGGCGGCAGCGCCGCAGGCGGAGGAGGAGGAGGCAGCUCAGGACGAUCCGCCAGCAGGCGCUCCCCAGGUAGGGGAGUUCGUGGAUGUGCAUGGCAUCGAGGAUAGCAUCGUGCGUUGCAACCGCUGCUGUCGCACGGCAAAGGAGUGCAACUACAGGAUCAGGGCGAAGGGCCAGUCGACUUACCAGUGCGACGCGUGCAACACGAACGGGGUGCGCCUUUCUCGGAGGUUCGGACAGUGGCCGCCAAAGUGUUUCGCCAAAAUGAAGAGUGAGUUCAAGCAGCAGUUCUACAAGGAUCUGGCAGAAGAUCCUGGGCUGUCGAACCUCGAUCGCAUUGAAGCCUUCGUGGUCAGCUCAAUCACUGUCCAACGGAUGGAGGAGGAGCGCGUCCGCAAGGGUGGCAAGUACCUUCCGCUGAGGAAGUGGGCGCACGACGGCUUCGACGCGAAAAAGAUUGAAGAUAAUGUGCAGGAUAAGAGGUGGAACCCUGAUCUCGGGGAGUGGACGUACAGGCCGCAAUUGGAGGCGGCCUGGAGCGAGACAGUGGAGGCCGCAGUGCGCAACGAGCUGUACACCGAUAAGAGGACGCAGGCGAAGCAGAGCGGCCCGCGGGCAGCGGCCUCGACGGGCGUCGCAGAGCACGGCGGCGACAAGGGCGACAGAAGCGACGAGAGCGACAUGUCCAGAUCCAGGAGCCGCUCGCGCGGCGACCGCGACAGGAGCAAGAGCCGCCGCAAGGGCAGGAGCAAGAGCCGCGGCAAGAGCAAGGACAGGAGCAAGAGCAGGGAUAAGGACGCUGAGAAGGAGCGGAGGCGACAGGAAGCGAGGGAGAAGGCCGAGCAGGCCAAGAAGGAGACGCAGGAGAAAAACCUGGCGCUGAAGUGGAUCGGCACCGCAACGAGGCUCGAGACAGAGCUGGACGGGUACCUCGAGCAUGAGAAGGCGGACAAGGUGCCGUCAUGGGCUGUGAAGAACGCGAAGGCGGCGAGGAAGUCUGUGGCAGUCAUGAAGGCGGUGGCGCAGAAGCGCGUGCACAGCGGCGUGGCGUUGACGAUCACGCAGGACGAGGCCAUCAGCAUCCAGAAGGAUGCGAGCUCGGCGGCGAGGGCCAUCGCGGGGAUGCUCAAG